AUGUCAGUUUAUUAUCGAUUUAAAUUUAGAUCAAUUUUUAGUUUAUUUUUAUUAGGUUUAAUUUGUGAUGUAAGUUAUUUUAGUUAUUAUUUUAACAAAUAUCCAAUGAUUAAUCUCCUGUUUAGUAAAAGAAAGAGAUUAAUUUUUAAUGUUCGAUUCUUGUUAAAGUUAAUUUUAAUUUUAUUAAAUAAUUGUUGUAAACUGGUUUUAAAAUAUCAAUAA